AUGCACUCCACCACCAUGACCUCCACCACCAUGACCUCCACCACCAUGGCCUCGGACAUCAAGUACAUCUACAUCACCAACCUGGCCGGCGGCCAGGCAAUCCGCGCCGACCCCAGCCUCUUCACCCCCGACGACGACGACGAGGAGCCGGCCGCGCGCCCGCUGUACGCUCCUCGCAACUCGUCCAUCUCGUCGACCUCGUCGACCUCGUCGCGCUUCUCGUCGGCGGAGCCCUCCGAUCAGGAGUAA